AUGUUGCGCGCAGUCCUCGCGAGAGCGAUCCCACUCUCCUCCGCCUCCUACGGGUUCCCCAAACCGCUAAGCCCUCUCCUCCGCAUCGGUGGACCGCGCCUAGCCACUUCUUCCGGGGACCCCAUCGCGUACGGUGGCAUCGGCGGCGAAGAUGACCCUUUCUCCUUCCCGGACCACUACCACAAGCAGCUCCCGCCCGAUGCCGCCCGAGGGGUGGACGCCGUCGUAGCAGCUGCCGAGGCCACCGGCUCCAAUGCCGCGGACGCCGCGCGGGCCCUCGACGGGUGCGGCGCCGAGGCGUCCGAGCCGCUCGUGGUGGCCGCGCUGUCGCGCCUCCGCAACAGCUGCGCCGCCGCUCAUGCCGCGUUCCGGUGGGCCGCGGCGCAGCCCGGGUACGCGCCGGGGCGGCGCGCGUGCCACUCCAUGCUCGCCAUCCUCGCCAAGCACCGCCGCUUCGACGCCGCGCGCGCCCUGCUCGACGAAAUGCGCCGUGCGUCGACGGCGUCUCCGGCCGCGGUACUCCUCCUCAUCCGGCGCCACUGCGCCGCGAGGGACGUCGCGGGCGCCGUCGCUGCCUUCCGAGCGCUCCCGAGCUUCGGUUUCGACACUGGCGUCACCGAGUUCCAUGGCCUCCUGAGCGCACUUUGCCGGUACAAGAACGUGCAGGACGCGGAGCAUUUGCUGAUAUCCUGCGAGAAGGAGUUCCCCUUCGAGACCAAGAGCUUCAACAUCGUCCUCAACGGGUGGUGUAACAUUGUCUGCAGCUUGCGCGAGGCGAAGAGGUUUUGGAGCUCCAUGGAGAGAAAGGGCAUUGACAGGGAUGUUGUGUCGUAUGGGAGUAUGAUCUCGUGCUUCUCAAAAGCCAGGAGCCUCGACUCAGUCAUGAAACUCUUUAACCGCAUGAAUGAGGCUGGGGUUGCUCCUGAUCGGAAAGUGUACAAUGCUAUUGUGUUUGCACUAGCCAAGGGUCGGUGUGUGAAGGAGGCAAAGAUGCUUGUCAGGACUAUGGAGGAGAAGCAGGUUGCCCCAGACACAGCCACUUUUAACUCUCUCAUUGGCCCUCUUUGUAAGGCUCGUCAGGUUCAGGAGGCAAUGGAAAUGUUUGAUGCUAUGUUAGAAAGGGGGCUGUCUCCUUCAGUAAGGACCUUCCAUGCGUUGCUUAAUGUGGCUAGGAACUCUACUGAAGUGUUUGAUCUCUUGGAUAAGAUGAAACAGUUGCAGUGUGAGCCAGAGAUGGACACUUACAUUAUGUUGAUCAGAAAAUUCUGCCGGUGGAGACAGCAUGAGAGCGUGGAGAAGUUGUGGAGUGCAAUGCCUGCAAAUGGGCUGAGCCCUGACCGGAGCGCGUACAUUGUGUUGAUACAUGGUUUAUUCCUGAACGGAAGACUAGAGGAGGCAGCAAAGUAUUAUGAAGAGAUGAAAAGUAAGGGCUUUUCGCCAGAGAAAAAGACUGAAGAAAUGAUAAGCGGCUUGGCUUGA